AUGGCUCUCAAAUACUGCCACCCGGAGUGGAAGCUUUUUCUGAGGUUUCCUCUGGUGAGGCCACAACACCCAGGGAACGCCCCGGGGAAAACUGUCAAACCCAGAAUUACAAAAGGCAGGGGCAGGAACCACACCUUCUCGGGGCCGGAAGUGAGCGGCGCUCGACCCUGGACCACCGGGGACGGGAUUAAGGAGCAGCGGCACCCUCGGCCGCCUAUCUCCUCCUCGCGGAAGAACUCGAAGCUCCGGUCCGCAGAUUCCGCCGGCCUGGGGGUCACCUGCUGCGGUGUUGGACCAGGAACCGGACGAACUCCUUCUGCCCUGGCGAUCCCCGCCCGCCGCCGGCCUGAGUCAGGAGCCCAGCGUUUGGAACCAGGGGGCCGCCCCGCCCCGCUCCGUCGGCCCCGGCCGGGCGGACCACGUCGGAGGAGCACUUCCGCUGAACGCGCGCACUUCCGGCUGCGUGGAACCAAUGAAAGCGCGGCCGCGGUGUCCCCUGCGCUGGUUUCCGGGCCGAGGUUGUCUGCCGGAGGACCGGGUCCGUUUGGCCUUCAGGGCCUGCACGGGGGAAUGCGCAGUGGCUGGGCCUCUAGAGUCCUUUGUAACGGUCCCCGAAGCCAGGGCUUCACAGUCAGCUCUUGCCCUUUGGUUCUCGCUCGGAACCAAAACGUCGGCAAAUUUCCCUGUGACCUUGGUGCGGGUCAGUUCACGCCCUGGGGUGGCGUGGGGUUCCCCUCUGAAGAGGUGUCCUGA